AUGACACCUACGGCCAACACAACGCUACUGGACAACCUCAAGUCACCUCGGAGCGCUACUUCGCAAAUAUACUCCCCAUCUAUCCGGUCAACACGUCUCUCAGAGGACUCUGAUGACUCGCUACGUGACUUGGAGUUAUCCGAGGGGCCACUGUUGGCAGAAACCUCGAGACCGUUUCGUGGGCGGUCAUACUCUGUCACCGGCUUCGACUUUCAGCACGAUCUUCUGCCUCUGAGCGCGAGCGUGAGCGAACCCGAAGACGUGCACUUGGAGUCGAACGAAAAACGAUUAGGACUGGUUAAUGGGAUUGCCCUCAUUGUGGGUCUUCAAAUUGGUUCGGGAAUCUUUUCUUCGCCUGGAGUGGUAUUGGCAAAUACCCAGAGUGUCGGGGCGAGUCUGCUGGUCUGGUUCGCCGCCGGAAUUCUAGCUUGGACAGGCGCAAGUAGCUUCGCCGAGCUGGGGUCCUCUAUACCCGUCAACGGAGGCGCGCAGGCGUAUCUCCAAUAUUCCUACGGACCCCUUGUGUCGUAUCUAUUCGCAUGGACAGCAAUAUCAGCCCUCAAACCAGGCGGCAACGCCGUAAUAAGCCUAAUUUUCUCAGAAUACCUUAAUCGACUCUUCUGGCACACUACCCGCGCUGAUGUAUCGCCAGAUGAUAUUCCCCAGUGGGCCAUCAAACUCACUGCCGUCGCGGCAGUCUUGGUGGUGUCCAUCAUCUGCGUGGCUACGCCUACCCUCGGCUCCCGCGCUGCCGUAGUAUUCACAACAGUCAAGAUCAUCGCUUUGACCUCCAUCACUGUGCUCGGCCUUGUGCAACUGGCCCGCGGAAAGGCUUCUACCUCCUUGACUGAACCACCCUUCGAACAGUCGAGCACUAGUCCAUCGGCGUACGCUUUGGCACUCUACUCUAGCUUGUGGGCCUUUGAUGGCUGGGACCAGGCCAACUACGUCGGAGGCGAGAUGAAGCGCCCCGAGAAGAACAUCCCUCGUGCCAUUCAUUCCAGCAUGGCAAUGGUCAUGGCGCUCUUCAUCCUCGCGAAUAUUGCAUACUUCGCCGUGCUCGACAAGAGGACAGUGAGCCUCAGUAACACGGUCGCGCUCGAUUUUGGGCGCGCUCUGUUUGGUCCGGUCGGCGGUGCGGUGUUCGCGGCCAUGGUGGCGUUCUCGUGCUUCGGCGCGUUGAACGGGAGCUCGUUCACGACUGCACGCCUGAUAUACGUCGCCGGAAAGGAAGGCUACCUUCCUGCGCUCUUCGGUCGCCAUAACUCCACGCUCAAGACACCUCUCAACGCGAUGUGUUUACAAGCAGGACUCACGAUCGCGUUCAUUUUGAUCGGAGGCGGAUUCCGCUCCUUGAUCAACUUCGCGGUGGUUGCUUCAUGGGCAUUCUACUUCUUGACAGUGCUAGGGCUUGUCAUCUUGCGCGUCAAGGAGCCAAUGCUAGAAAGACCUUAUAAGACAUGGAUCAUUACACCACUGGUCUUUUGCGCGGUCUGCCUAUUCCUGCUCUGCAUGCCUGUCGUUGCUGCGCCGCUCGAGGCUAUGGCUGUUCUUGCAUUCGUACUUGCUGGCAUACCUGUGUACUACAUUACACAACGACAAGAUGGUCAGCCGACAGCUGUUCAAGCCUUCUUCUCGAAUCUCCUAGCGCGGAUACGUGGUAGGCCAGAUACGAGUUCCGGGUGGCAAGCUGUUGCGACAGAAGGAGAUGAGCAGCUGGAGAUGCGGACACCUGCCCGAUGACAGUUCCGUCCCACAUAGAUCCAUUACACUUGUUGCACGCAUCCAGGGGAGAUGUACAAGUUUCUAC